AUGACCUCCCCGGUGCCGCACCACCGGCACCAGGCGUCGCUAGAAGAUGUGAUCGACCUGUCUCCACAGCCGCCGCUCGGCCCCAGCCAACGGGCCCGCGCGCGACGCAUCUUCUAUCGCAUCGCCGAGCGCUUCGAAGCCGCCGAGCCUCCAAUCGAUCCGCGGGCCCGGCCGCCGACCUACAGCCAGCCACUGCUGGUGCGGCUCACCUUUGAGUAUGCACGGUCAGAAGAAUCUCGCGACAUCUUCCUGCGGGCGUUUUUCAAGGCCAUGGCGCUUGAUCUCGAUGCGGCCGAAGGGGGCGACGAUCCGGACCCAGAACUGGACUUUGGGGAGCUGAGGCCAUUGUUCGUGGGCUUUGCAGAUUACUUGAUGGACAAUUUCUUCCUGCCAUUGAAAGCAUCGACGCGACGCACGCCGCAGCCGUCACCGGCCUACCAUUCCGCCGUCCUCCGCGCACAGGGAGUCGAGACGCCGGCGUUCGUUGGCACACCUGAGCGGUUGUCCUCUCUUCGGGGCGCGUGUCUCGUCCGGGACCGCCACCGGUGUGUGAUUUCUCGCAAGUUCAGCGACCGCGAAUUUAUUGCUCGGCUACGGCAAUACGGCGAUGACGCUCGUGAUGACGACGGGAUCCUGUUCUCCGAGCAGGAUCCCAGUCUAUUUGAUGGUCUGGAGGUGGCACACAUCCUGCCACACGCCCUGAUGAAGUCCAAUACCAAUUUCGAGUUGAAUCAAUCGCGCGAAGCGGCCUUGGCCAUCCUGAACAUGUUUGACAGCGGCGUCGCACACGUUAUCAACGGCGUCGACAUUGACCGCCCGCGCAACGCACUCACCCUCUCGAUGCGCUUCCACCAGCUGUUCGGCUCCUUCGACGUCUUCUUUACACCCGUCACCGACACACAGCACACAUACCGCAUCGAAACGUUCCAUCCAGUGCCCAUAGCCCUCGGCUUGCCCGUGACACGUGCCCUGUUCAUCACCGAUACACGCACCAUCGACCCGCCCUCGCCACGCCUCCUGGCCGUCCACCGCGCCAUUGCGCACAUCCUGCACUUGUCGGGCGCUGGCUUCUACAUCGACAUGCUGCUGCGGGACAUGGAAGACAACGUGGUACGGAGCGACGGGACUUCAGCCCUGGGACAAAUGGUGACGCUGGGCCUGGGUGGGUGGCUUGACGGGGCGGUUUCAUCUUGA